AUGGCUUCCAAUAAUCAUUGCGAAUCACUAAUUAAAACGUUCACUAACAAACAGCAGACGCACAAGUCAAACAUUGAUUUCCAGACAAAUCAGCAAACGACCACAGCUUCGUGUCCACAUUUAACAUCCGAACCGCCAAUACGUAAUCUCGAAACGUUUUCAUUGCUCUGGUUAGACCCAAACGUCAAUACACCGGAGAAUUUAGACACACAGUCAGCAUUAAGAAGUACAAUCAACUUUUUACUAGUAUUCGAUAAAGCAGACGAAUGCAUUGAUUAUAUUAUAUCAGUAAAAGAUGACAAAGUGAGAGGUGUACAGGCGCAUUUCAGUACACUGAUUUCACAGAUCGCGUCUGAUCAAAUAGAUCGCGAUCGAAUAGAAGAUUGGACGCCUAUGAUGAUAGUAACAAGAAAAAAUGUGAAUUGCGCAUCAAUGAAUAUUCUUAGUCCGUCUGGACGCUCUCAUACCUCUAUAAAAACGGAAAAUGGCAAUUUUAUGUGGUUCCAGCUUUUGAUUGAAGUGUUUCUUCGCAUGAAAUAUUCAACAUCGGAUCGAAAGGGGCUUGUUGCUAUUUGGAAGCGAAUCUAUACGGGAAAUGAAGCAGAACAUGUAAAAAUUGGUGAAUUUGAACAAACGUAUGAGCCGUCGAAAGCAUUAUGGUGGUACACUCGAGAUUGUUGUAUUUAUCGUUUACUAAAUAAAGCACUUCGCUUACAGGAUAUUGAUAUGUUAUUUCAUUUUCGUUUUAUAAUUACCGAUAUUUAUAAACAAUUACAACAAGCACAGCAAAAUAAAAAAUAUAAUGUAAUUGUUCGAACGUAUCGUGGACAGGCAAUGCCAAAAGAAGAAUUAAAAAGGAUGAGUGAAAGUAUCGGAGAAUUUAUUUCUAUGAACAGUUUUCUUUCAACGAGUCGAAACCGCGAAAUUGCUAGGGGCUUUGCUGCUUCUGUCGUUGAUUGCAAAGAUUUUGAAGCCGUGUUAUUUGAAAUCGAAGCGAACACAAGUAUAGUCUCGAAACCAUUUGCUGACAUUAGCCAGUUUACAUAUUUUCAACAUAAAGAAGAGCUGUUGUUUAUGCUUGGUUCUGUAUUUCGUAUUAAAAAUGUGGAAUAUAACAAAAUGGAACAUAUUUGGAUAGCACAAUUAGUUCUAUGUAGUGAGGAUGUUCAUGAGUUAAAAGAAAUCUCUGCUUUUAUCAAACAAGAAAUUGGUGAUGAAACAGAUUUAUGCUCAUUCGGCAGUUUAUUGAGACAGAUGGGUCAGCAUGAUAAAGCAGAGAUUUACUAUUAUCGACUCUUGAAUGAACUGGAGUUAGAUGAUUCAGAUUUGCCAAGAUGUUAUGAUGGUUUGGGAAAUGUAGCAGAUGAUAAGGGUGAUUUUAAGUCUGCCAUUAACUUUCAUGAAAAGGGGCUUCAAAUCAUAUCAGCUACAUAUCGUGCAAUUGGCAUGGUUUACGAGUGUAUUAAUAAAUACGAUCUAGCGUUAGAAAAUUACGACAACGCAGUUCAGAUUCUAGAAGGAGAUGUUCCUGCUAAUCAUCCACAUAUAGCUCAGAUCAAAGAUGACGUGCGAAGAACAAAUGACAAGACAGCAUCCUUCAGUAUGCAAAUGGUGGAUAGUUCUGUUGGGAAUUUAUUAUUAAAUAAAAAACAAUUUAAAGCAGAAUGUUCGUCGUAUUCCAUUACAAAUAAAUGCGGAGUUGGUGUCAGAUCAUUAAAUAAUUGUGAUAAUUACGAAAGUUUAAUUAUUGUUGAUACACCUGGGUUUUUUGAUACGAAAGGUUCAACGAAAGAAACAUGUCAGGAAAUCGCACGGUCUUAUCAGAUUACAUUACCCGGUCCACAUGCCUUUUUGAUUGUUCUUGAAUUUGGUCGAUUUACAAUUCAAGAAGAAAGAGCAGCUGAAUGGAUAAGUGAAAUAUUUGGAAAACGUGCAUUAAACUAUUGCUUAAUAAUUUUCACUGGUUUAGAUAAUUUGAUGGCGGAUGAUAAAACAGUAGAUAAAUUUUUAGAACAACGUCAACCAGGUUUAGAAAGACUCAUGCAACAAUGUGGCGAACGAUAUGUAGCAGUAAAUAAUCGAGCAAAUAUUCGAGAAAAAAAUGACAUCGUUAAAUUGAUACUUGAAAAGGUGUCUGCAAUGAUUUUAGCAAAUAACGAACUACCAUAUACAAAUUGGGUAUAUACUCAACUGAAUAUUGAGAAGGAAAAUGUUUAUCGAGAAACACAUGGUACAUUCAAACUGAUCGAAGAUGAUGGAACAAUUAAUUUGUUUCCACAAACAGAAAAAAUUGUUGUUGAAGCACUUUUAUCACAACUAACAUUUUUACAAGAAAUAUUAAUAUCACAAGGAGAAUUACAAAUUUGCUUAUUUUUUCUACCAGUACAUGAAGAGGCUAAGCUGUAA